UUAAUCGACAUCUAUUCCAUUCUCUACUCUCCUUCGUUGCAGCAAAAAUACAUCUGGACCAGCGGCCGCCAGUGCGACUUCAAGGGCUGUGACCGACCGGAUCUCCAGCCGGUGUCCGUCAACGGGUGGUUCUGGACCGCUGAGCUGCAGAAGCUGGCACCAGCCAAUGUGCGCAACCAGAACGACUGGUCAGAGCAGGGAGGAAUCGGCAAGCCGCAACCGGAUAACCGCGAGCUGUUGCAGGGUGGUGCCCCCGAGAACUGUCUGGCCAUCCUGAACAACUUCUACAACGAUGGAGUGCACUGGCACGACGUUGCCUGCCACCACGUGAAACCGUGGGUGUGCGAAGAGAACGACGCCCUGCUGAAGUACGUCAAGUACACCAACCCGGGACUGCGCAUCUAGAGAGCUUCCGUGGGAGUUUGGGGAGUUACCAAAAUUUAUUCACGUUCUUGGUUCACACAGCUCGCGACGUAUGUUUUGGGUGAUACAAGAACCGAUACAAAUUUUCUCACGUAAGUUAGUAUUAGGAACGUGCUAGAUUGUAAGAUUGAAACUCAGAGAAGCAUCAUACGCAUACGACUGCCAGUUUAGGUUCAUGGACGAAGGAGUAAGUAGAUCAUUUGCUGUUUUCUGUCAUCGGUUGAAUCUUAUGAUUUGAAAUUUUUAAUGAUUUUAUAUUUAUUGAAUAAAAUUUUGAAAAA